CCGCCAUCUUGACGCGGCUCAGAAUCGGGAUUUCGGGGGGAGCAUUAAUUUUAAAAACCGAUCGGAGCUACUCAGACGGGGCUCAAACGGGUUUUUUCGUGCAGAAGAUCGAAGUGUUAGUCCUUCCGAUGAGAAAUAAUGCAAACAUGUGAGGAUUACACGGGUUUUUACCGUCUCGAAAGCCCACUGUAUAUUUGAUUUCCCUUUUGGAGAGCGCCGUUUCUCGCCGUAUCUCCGUCCCGAGACGCUGAAUUUACCGGGAGACAGCAACCACAAAAAUAAUCCACUUCAUAGAAAAUAUUUUUUGAAUUUUGCUCUUUUUAUUUAAGCCCGAAAUUGAUUUUAUGGCUGCUCGUUUCGACUGCGAAAAAGAUGAUUCUGUACAGACGUGAAACCGGCGAUCUGCGGAGAAAGGGAUUUGCUUACGCCUUGUGUAAUAUUUUAUGAUUGAUUUUUAUUUAUUUUUCUCGAACGGAAAUAAUUUUUGGACGUUAUUAUUGAGGAUAAUUAUGUGGGUGUUGGGUGUUGGAUUAUCAUGGGGUGAUCUUCGGCGGCGAAGCGUGGCGCUGUUGCCUUUCUUUUGAAACCCUUUUCUCCAGGCAGCAUUUAGCCAGUCUGCCAGUCAAGAAAAAAAACAGUUACAUUGCUCCUUUACGCGAAACGAUAGGAAAAGUUACAUUUUUUACAAGCCAGAAGUGGACAACGUGGACUCGUCCUGUUGUCAUUUUUCUGCAACAUAAACCAUUCACAAAAUAUCCCGACCAGGAUGGCUGACAAUCUGCUGGAUGUCGGACCCCCCACUGCAAAGAGACCCAAGCUUAAUUCACCUCUCCCAGUAUCAGAUGGCCCAGAUCUUGUGUCUCUGUUUGACCUGGAAAACGACCUUCCAGAUGAGCUCAUCCCCAAUGGAGACUUGGGAAUGUCUUCUAAUGGCGGUCCAGGUGGAGGGGGUCCUGGUCUCAACUCCAUCGUUCCUGAUGCCGCAGCCAAACACAAGCAGCUGUCGGAGCUCCUACGACCGGGAAGCUCCUCCAUAUUGGGAAGUAGUCUCAACUCUGCCAGCGCCCAACAAGGAAGCAUGGUGGGAAGCCAGCUAGGUGCUGUGCUCGGUAAAAGUCCACUGAGGCAGGGCUCUCCCAAUCACCAGUCUCCCCAGGCCCAAAAGGGAGGUGCAGCUGGACAAGGCAAUGGAAGCACGGGCAUGAGCUUUAACCAGGCCAUGUUGAACAGUGGGCAGGGUCAUGGGGUCAUGGCAGGACAAGUGAUGAAUGGGGCUCUGGGACCGGCAGGCCGUGGUAGACCUGGUAUGCAAUAUCAGGGCCAAGGCAUGCAGGGCGCACAAGUGGGUGCUGGACCUGGUGUUGGAGGCAGUGUGCUGGCAGAAACACUCACCCAAGGAGGGCCCCAGAUGGGUGCACACAACGUGAUGAAUGCUCAGCAAGCUGGAAACAUGAAUAAGAUGGGUAUGUCAGGAGCUCCAUUUGGCCAGCAGUAUGGUCAGUCUGGGGUGCAGCAGAUGGGGGCAGUCGGGGUCAAUGCCCAACAACUCCAGAACAAGACGGCGCUUUCCAACAACCUGCCACAAUUCCCUGCUGACUUGAAGGGAGCUGGGAGUUUGCCAAACCUGUCCCAGAUGCAGCAGCAGGUAGCGUCGGUGGGCAUGGUUCCCGGGGCCGGUGGGGUGUCAGCGGGACCUACGGCCGACCCGGAGAAGCGCAAACUCAUUCAGCAGCAGCUGGUCCUGUUGCUCCACGCACACAAGUGCCAGCGGCGGGAACAGGCCAACGGGGAGGUGAGGGCCUGCACUCUGCCCCACUGCCGCACCAUGAAGAACGUCCUCAACCACAUGACCCACUGCCAGGCCGGCAAGUCCUGCCAGGUGGCUCACUGUGCAUCAUCCAGACAGAUCAUCUCCCACUGGAAGAACUGCACGCGGCACGACUGUCCGGUCUGCCUGCCUCUAAAGAACGCCAGUGACAAGAGGAACCAGCAACCCAUGCUCAGUUCUCCGGGGGCCAGCCUGCAGAGCGCCAUCAGCUCCGUGGGCUCGGGCCAGCCCAGCGCCACCGCCAUCAACAGCGCUGCCACACACAUCGACCCCAGCUCCAUGCAGAGGGCCUACGCUGCACUCGGCCUGCCGUAUGGGAACCAGUCCCCGGCCCAGGUCCCGGGGCAGGGGCCCGCUCAGCAGAACGCCCAGGGCCCCCAGCACCAGCAGCUGCGAAGUCUUAACGCACUAGGCACUAAUCAGAUGAACCAGAUGGCAGGAGGCAUGGGGGUCCCCUCUUCAGACCUAGCUGGCAUGCACUCCGACUCCUCUCUUCCAUCAUCACUCAACAAUCAGCUGAUGCCAGAUGGGUCAGUAGCGGGAGGCAUGGGAAACCUGCCCACUGCCACCCCUCUCUCUUCUUCGGGGGUAAGGAAGUCCUGGCAUGAACACGUCACUCAGGACCUGCGCACCCACCUGGUGCACAAACUUGUACAAGCCAUAUUCCCCACCCCAGACCCCGCAGCACUGAAGGACCGGCGGAUGGAGAACCUGGUGGCGUACGCACGCAAGGUUGAGGGUGACAUGUACGAGUCAGCUAACAGCAGGGAUGAGUAUUACCACUUCCUGGCGGAGAUCUACAAAAUACAGAAAGAAUUGGAGGAGAAGAGACGCUCGCGGCUGCAGAAACAGCCUGGCAUGGUGGGCUCAGCCGGGCCUCAGCAGCCCAACUCCAUGGUCCCGGGACAGGCCGUCCGAUCUCCUAAUGGACCUGUGCCUAUGCCCAACAUGCCAAAUCAGUUAAUGAACCGUAUGCAGGUGCCCCAAGGAAUCAAUCAGUUUAACCCAAUGGCGAUGUCUCAGGCAACCAUGGGAGCACGAGCCCCCUCCCCCAUGAACCAUCCACAGCAGAUGAACAUGAGCUCCGUCCCAACGAUGGGUAUGUCCCCCUCAAGAAUCCCUCAGACUCAAGGAAUGAUGAGUAGUCAUGCUAAUAACAUGGUUGCUCAGCCGGCCAAUCAGGGCCAGUUCCUGCCGCAGGGCCAGUUCACUGCUGCUACAGGAGGAGCAAUGAAUGUGAAUGUAAACCUCGGCCAGCCCAUAACACAGUCUGCUGUCAAACAGCCACAGAACUCUAACCUCCCUCUGAACGCGCUGGGACCCCUCGGCUCCAAGCUGCCCUGUGGCCCUGCAGCCCCGCCCUCGCUGGCCCCACCCCCCCCACCCAAUGCCUCUGCUGGCCUGCAGCCCCAUCAGCUGCAGCAGCACCAUGCUUCAUCACAGGCACAGGCCCCACCGCAGCCCACUACCCCUACCUCCACCGGAGGACCCUCCUCCACCCCAACACACAUGCCCAGUAGCCUCCAAGGCCCCCCCUCAGCCAUGGGCACACCGGACCCCUCCCAGCCACUCACGCCCCUGCAACCACAGACAGACCCCCCCAGUCAGAUGCAGCAGCCCACUUCAGUGCAGGCCCAGCACCCCAGCACACCGUUGUCCCAGGCAGCAGCGAGUAUAGAUAACAGGGUGCCCACCCCAGCCUCUGUGGCGGAGCUGAGCUCCCAGCAGGCCCUGCCAGACAUGAACAGCACUGAAGCCAAACCUGAAGUCAAAGACGAAGAAGAGGACAGCGGGUCUGGAAAGAAGCAGCAAGAUAUAAAAAUGGAGCCGGAUGAUGAAACCAAACCCUUAGUGAAGAAGGAGGAGCCCGAUGCAACAGAGCCAAAGCAGGAACCGAUGGAAACUGAGGACAAGAAGCCCGAGAUAAAGACAGAACCCAAAGAAGAGGAGGAGGGCGGGGCCAACGGCACAUCAGCCUCCUCCAGCCCUCAGAGCCGCAAGAAAAUUUUCAAGCCAGAGGAGCUGAGGCAAGCCCUGAUGCCAACACUUGAGGCCCUCUACAGGCAGGACCCAGAGUCACUGCCCUUCAGACAGCCUGUAGACCCCAUGCAGCUAGGCAUCCCCGACUACUUUGACAUUGUGAAGACUCCCAUUGACUUAUCCACCAUCAAGCGCAAGUUGGACACGGGUCAGUACCAGGAGCCGUGGCAGUAUGUGGACGAUGUGUGGCUCAUGUUCAACAACGCCUGGCUGUACAACCGCAAAACAUCCCGUGUCUACAAAUACUGCUCUAAACUGUCAGAGGUGUUUGAAGCAGAGAUUGAUCCCGUCAUGCAGGGCCUGGGUUACUGCUGCGGCAGGAAGUAUGAGUUCUCACCCCAGACGUUGUGUUGCUAUGGCAAACAGUUGUGUACCAUAUCCAGGGACGGCACCUACUACAGCUACCAGAACAGGUAUCACUUCUGCGAGAAGUGCUUCAACGAGAUCCAGGGAAACAGCGUGACCCUGGGGGACGACCCCUCACAGCAACAGACCAUGAUAUCAAAAGAGCAGUUUGAAAAGAAGAAAAAUGACAUGUUGGACCCUGAACCGUUUGUUGAAUGUAAAGACUGUGGGCGAAAGAUGCAUCAGAUCUGUGUGCUGCACUACGAUGUCAUUUGGCCAUCAGGCUUUAUCUGUGACAACUGUCUGAAGAAGUCGGGCAAAACAAGAAAGGAGAACAAAUUUUCUGCCAGAAGUCUCUGUAAAGGAUUGCAGACGACCCGGUUGGGGACGUACAUUGAGGACCGAGUGAAUAAGUACUUGAAAAGGCAGAACCACCCAGAGGCUGGUGAGGUGUUUGUGCGAGUCGUGGCCAGCUCUGACAAAAAUGUGGAGAUCAAGCCUGGCAUGAAGUCUAGGUUUGUGGACUCGGGCGAGAUGGUGGAGACCUUCCCUUACAGAACCAAAGCACUUUUUGCAUUCGAGGAAAUAGACGGCGUGGACGUUUGUUUCUUCGGCAUGCACGUCCAGGAGUACGGCUCGGAGUGCCCCUUUCCAAAUACCAGACGGGUUUACAUAUCAUACCUCGACAGUAUUCACUUCUUCAGACCACGUGCACUAAGGACUGCAGUGUACCAUGAGAUAUUAAUAGGCUACCUGGAGUAUGUGAAGAAACUGGGGUAUGUGAUGGGUCACAUCUGGGCCUGCCCCCCCAGUGAAGGAGAUGACUACAUCUUUCACUGCCACCCCUUCGACCAGAAGAUCCCCAAACCCAAGAGGCUCCAAGAGUGGUACAGGAAGAUGCUGGACAAGGCUUUCGCUGAGAGGAUCCUGCACGACUACAAGGACAUAUUCAAACAGGCAACUGAAGACCGAAUCACCACUGCCAACGAGCUGCCGUACUUUGAGGGUGACUUUUGGCCUAAUGUACUGGAGGAGAGCAUCAAGGAGCUGGAGCAGGAGGAGGAAGAGAGGAAGAAGGAGGAGAACACGGUCUGCACUGAGACCACAGAGGGAGCCCCAGCUGACACCAAGAAUGCCAAAAAGAAGAACAGUAAGAAAACCAACAAAAACAAGAGCAGCGUCAGCCGAGCCAAUAAGAAAAAGCCUGGGAUGCCGAAUGUAGCCAAUGACCUGUCUCAGAAACUCUACGCCUCGAUGGAGAAACAUAAGGAGGUGUUUUUUGUUAUCCACCUCCAUGCCGGCCCAGUCGUUAACACCCUGCCUCCCAUCAUGGACCCCGAUCCUCUGUUGACCUGUGACCUGAUGGACGGCCGCGAUGCCUUUCUGACUUUAGCCAGGGACAAGCACUGGGAGUUCAGCUCACUGAGGAGGUGCAAAUGGAGCACCAUGUGUAUGUUGGUAGAACUACACAACCAGGGCCAGGACCGCUUUGUAUACACCUGCAAUGAGUGCAAGCACCAUGUAGAGACUCGCUGGCACUGCACCGUCUGUGAGGACUACGACCUAUGCAUCAACUGCUACAACAUUAAGGGCCACGAGCACCAGAUGGUGAAGUGGGGUCUUGGUCUGGACGAUGACAGCAACGGUCCGGGUGGAGAGGCCUCCAAGAGCCCCCAGGAGAGCCGGCGCCUCAGCAUCCAGCGCUGCAUCCAGUCCCUGGUCCACGCCUGCCAGUGCCGCAACGCCAACUGCUCGCUCCCGUCAUGCCAGAAGAUGAAGAGGGUGGUUCAACACACCAAAGGCUGCAAGCGCAAGACCAACGGUGGCUGCCCUGUGUGCAAACAGCUCAUUGCUUUAUGUUGUUAUCACGCCAAGCACUGUCAGGAGAACAAGUGUCCUGUUCCCUUCUGUCUUAACAUCAAGCACAAACUCCGUCAGCAGCAGCUGCAGCACCGGCUCCAGCAGGCUCAAAUGAUGCGCCGUCGAAUGGCCACCAUGGCUGGAAGGGGUAUGCCAAUGCCAUCUCCACCUACCUCAGCUGCCCCCGACACCCCCAACACCCCCAACUCUGUGCAGCAGCCUAACACGCCCCAGACGCCCCAGCCCAUGCCCACACAGCCCCAGCAACAGCAGCCACCAAACCCUGCCAACAUCGUCCAAGGCUUCCCCAACAAUGGCCGCAGCAGCCAGCCCACAACACCGGGGCCACAGGGGAAACCAGGGCCUCAGUCCUCCCCUCUUCAUCAGCAGCAGUCACCUCUGCCUAACAUGCCCCACCAACAGCAGCCUCAGCCACCACCACAACAACAACAACAACAACAGCAGCAGCAGCAGCAGCAGCAGCAGCAACAACAGCCGCUCCUUGCAGCCCUGAAGGUGGCCAGACAGAUCGAGAUGGCAGCCAAAGCAAGGCAGGAGCAACAGCAGCAGCAGCAGCAGAAUUAUGCCAUGAAUGGCAUACCCAUGAACCACCCACGAAUGAUGGGGCCCAUGCAGGGUCAGAUGCAGAUGAUGCAGGGGCCUCGGGGCCCCCAGGUGAUGCAGGCUAUGCAGCAGGGCCAGUGGGGUCCGGGGAUGCAGAAUCCCAUGCAGAAUCAGCAGGGGCAUCAGCCGCAGGUCCCUCCUCAACAGGUCGCCAUGGCACCUCAGCAGGCUCAGGGAGCCCCCAUGCCCCAGCAGGCCCAGCUCAUGCAGAGACCCAUGAUGCCCCAACAACAGGGUCUCCAAAUGCCUGGGGUCAUGACUCCCCAGGGGCCCUCACAGCAGGGCAUGACACCACAGCAGCUAGGCAUGCCACGUGAAAUACCUGGAAACAUUGCUCCGAGUGCCCUGCAAGAAUUACUGCGCACCCUUAAAUCUCCCAGCUCCCCGCAGCAGCAACAGCAGGUCCUUAACAUCCUCAAGUCCAACCCCCACCUCAUGGCCGCCUUCAUUAAACAGAGGACAGCCAAGUACCAGGCCACGCAGCCGCAGCAGCCGCAGCAGCAGGCGCAGCAGGCGCAGCAGGCGCAGCAGGUGCAGCAGGCGCAGCAGGCGCAGCAGCAGCAGCAGCAGCAGGCGCAGCAGCAGCAGCAGCAGCAGGCGCAGCAGCAGCAGCAGAAUCAGGCCAUGCUGGGGUCCCAGGCAGGAAUGCAGGCCAUGGCAGCCAUGGCAAACCAGGUGCAGAGGCCAGUGAUGGCACCUCAGCAGCAGCAGCAGCCUCCUCCGCAGGCAGGGCCCCAGGGUAUGGCAACCAUGGGCCCCCAAGGCCAGAUGAUGAAUGCUGCCCAAAACGGCAAUCCCCAAAUGUACCGCAGACAGCAGCUGCUCCGGUUGCAGCAGAUGCAUCUGCAGCAGCAGGCGCAGCAGCAGCAGGCGCAGCAGCAGCAGGGAGGCAUGCCUCAGGGCCACAGUCAGUUCCCCCAGCAGCAGCCGGGGCCAGCAACCUACUCCCAACUCCGUAUGCAGCAGCAAAUGGCUAUGCAAGGAGGCGCGGGGCCCUUGGGACAGCUCCCUCCCUCGUCUCAAAUGGGUCAGCCUGGCAUGGGCAUGGAAGUCCCGCAGAACAUCCUCCAGCAGCGCCUGCUUCAGCAGCAACAGCAGCAGAUGCUAAAGCAGCAGAUGGGCUCUCCAGCACAGGCAAACUCGAUGAGUCCACAAUCUCACAUGCUCCAAGGCCAGGCCCAGGGAGGAGCUCACUUACCUGGACAGACAAUGGCAAACACCCUGGGAAACCAAGUUCGUUCCCCAGCCCCAGUGCAAUCGCCCCGUCCGCCUUCGCAGCAGCCCCCACAUUCCAGUCCAUCCCCGCGGAUACAGCCCCAGCCCUCACCUCAGCACGGCGCCCUACACUCCAGCUCUCCCCACCCCAGCCUUGGAGGCCCGAUGUCGGGGUCCAUGGACCAGGGCCACAUGGGUACACCUGAGCAGAGUGCCAUGCUCCCACAACUUAACACGCCAAACAGAGGAGGGUUGAGUAAUGACAUGGGUAUGGUUGGUGACCCGACAGGAGACACGCUGGAAAAAUUUGUUGAAGGAUUGUAGCAUUUUUGGACAGAAGAAAGGCCUUGUUCUGUUUUCAGCUGAGACAUUUUUGUACUUGCUGAUGUAAAAAGCGAAAUGAAAUACAAACAAAUGAGUCAUACGAGGCCUACAGACUGUGAACUUUCCUUAAACCAAGGGACUGCUUUUUCUUCCAACCCAGAGAGUGAUUUAAAAGAAGACGACAAAGAAUAUAUUUUUGGUUCAGACCAGCCAUGCAAUAAUUUGCGAUGGUCUUUGUGUUGUUUUAAUUUGUUUUUCAUUUGUUAUGCUCUGGUAUUGACUUUUUUUUAACAAAACUUCUCAAAACAAAAAAUAUUUCAUUUUAUUAUUCAAUUUUUUUUAUUUUGUACCUUUGCAAAUUAAUAUCGCAUUUGUGUUGAGAAGACUGUAAAAUUAUUUGUCUGGGAAUUUUUUGCCAGGUUUCACUUCUUGCUCAGUUCCUCUGUUCCUUCCUGGCUAAUUUAUUCUAAAAUGCCAUUUUUCAAAAAGGACUGCCUUUGGGAAAGCCUUAAUUUCUUUCCGGUUUGCAGAGUCUAUGGGAGAUAAAUGUAAUUGUAUAGAUCUAAGAACUAUUGCACACACCCAAACACAAAGCAAGUGUAAGACAAAUCUGCAAUGAAGCUUGUUAAUGUUCACAGGUGCCGGAAUGUUCUUUUUACUGGCCUGGGCCCAGUAUCUGUCUUGCAAAUGUUUAAAAAAUGCUUUGUCUCUCGCUGAGUCAAAGGAAAUUCUCAUUCGAGUCUCUUUUGCCUGUGGUGGGAAAUUAACUUGUUUGACUGCUGAUUUGUGUUCAGAGGGUUUUGUGCAUCAUUUUCUCUCUUGCAUUAAACUUGAAUUGAUGAUGAACUGUUCUCUAAUGUAAAUCAUGCGGCUAGACAGUACUGUAAAUAUGCAGAAAAUAAGAAUGAAAUCACUGUACAAACUGGUUCAAAUGGCUCAUUUCGUACUUAUAUACCAUAUUGUUAAAUAAACCUGUGUGCCACAGACUCUGCUUUGAA